ACCUCAAACCUGGCUCGCUUCUUCCAAAAGUCAGCCAGAAUCCCAGCAGCCUGUCCCUGGAGGCUUCAGAAAAAGACACAUCUGGAGGGGAAAGAGGCCGUGGUGAGGCACCUGCAGGCAAAGCUCAAAGGGAACAGGACAGACCGUCCCGAAGCGGGUGCCUGGCCCAAGAGUCGCCCUGCAGCAUCCCCUGCAACGGAGCCAGGAGAGACCCCCGCGCCAGGCUCCAAGGGUGAGCCACCUCCCAAGCCCCUCCAGACCAGGAGGGUGGACUUCAGCAGGGCUUCUCCGUCUCGUAGUAAAGGUCAGAGUGUGGUACAGCGUUUGCCUCCUCAUCCUGGCUGUGAGACCCCGGGAUGGAAGGUGCAACUGAAGAAGGGGAUUGCUCAAGAUGCCAGCUUCCCCCCAGCCCCUGCAAAGCCAGGAGUGGGAGAUGCAUUGAACAAGGAGGUGGGAGACACCUCCGAUCUUCCCCUGAGAAACCCAGCCCAGCAGACAUGGCCACUUGCCAAAGACAAGGGUGCUCCAGUGGUUCCUGCCAAAGGCCAAGCCUCCCUGGACACCGUGGGAAGCCCCCGUGGGACAGGGCACCCAGCUCUGCCUCGGAGGAAGCCUUUGCCACACAUCAAGGCAAUGGGACCAAGGCCAGCCAAGCCCAGGCGCCCUCCUGUUGUGGAUCUGGAGAAGUUUGGUGCGGCUGCACAUCCUGGGAUGCCCGGCCGUCCUGCCACGGAGCCACCAAGGAGCACACAGCCGGGUUACCUGAAACCAGGCCACGUUGCGUCAGCCCCAGCACGGUUCCCACCGCAGGAUGCUCCGAGUGCAGCAGGGGAUGAAGAUGAGGUGUACGAUGACGUAGAGCCCGUUGGGCUGCUCCAGAGAGGCCAAGGCUUUCCGCUGCCCCCCGUGUCCCGGCCGCCAGCGUACCCCAGCCCCAGAGGAGGUGGAGACGCCGGUCGAGCCUCUAACAAGGUUGCCUUGCUGAAAGCUGUACAGAGAGAAGCCCAGAUCUCGCGGAAGAUGAAGCCAAUGACACUUAAGGAAUGCAAGAAGGAAGAGAAGAUAGACAGGGAGUUUCAGAAGAAAUUCAAGUUCGAAGGAAGCAUCAGUGUCCUGACUCAGAUGAUGGUCGACCCCGCAGUGACGGAGAAGAGGGGCGGAGGGAAGAACCUGCCGCUGAGACGAGGAGAAAUUCUUGAUGUCAUUCAGUUUACAAAUCAGGAGCAAAUCCUCUGCCGAAACAGCCAGAGGAGGUAUGGGUACGUGCCCCGGGCUGUGAUGCUGCACCUGGACACUGACAUCUAUGACGACGUCCUCCCCCCCCCUCCCUUUCUGUGA